CGCCCGCGCCCUCCUCUCGCCGGCCUUCUGCGGCCCGAGGUGGCGGGCCCGGCGCCCGGCGCGAUGAGCGGCGCCUGCACGAGCUACGUGAGCGCCGAGCAGGAGGAGGUGCGCGGCUUCAGCUGCCCGCGGCCGGGGGGCGAGGCGGCCGCCGUCUUCUGCUGCGGCUUCCGCGACCACAAGUACUGCUGCGACGACCCGCACAGCUUCUUCCCCUACGAGCACAGCUACAUGUGGUGGCUCAGUGUUGGUGCUCUUGUGGGCCUGUCCAUAGCAGCGGUGGUCCUCCUGGCCUUCGUGGUCACCGCCUGUGUGCUCUGUUACCUGUUCAUCAGCUCAAAGCCUCACACAAAGUUGGACCCAGGUUUAAGCUUACAGACUACAGCUUGCUGUUUUCCAGAACCCGAGGAAAUGUCCCCUGACUGCCAAGAUGAGACUACAAGCAAGUUGGUGGAGAUACCAGGAGUGAAUUCUCUAAGGCAGAGUCACCUCUUCCUGAACUCACGGCUGGACUGCAAUGAGGAGCAGGCGAUGGACCCCAAACACCUCUUCCAGUACUGCUUCAUGGCCACAGUGACUACCAGUGACAUUCCCGGCAGCCCUGAGGAGGCCCUUGUCCCCAACCUAAUUGCACAUGGACCAGACCCAUAGACAUCCAAUAAACUUCUC